CACAAGAUACAACCUCCUGCUGCCAGUGCUGUCUGCAAAGCAGCAUUUCAAACAGUACUUAGACAGCUUGUGAGAAGUGAAGAGAAAGAGAGAGAAAGAGAUCAGACCCUAAAGGAGAGGGUGGAAAGCAACACUCAGGAUUUAUCUUUUCCAUUUAUCUCUUUCAUAUCACAUGGAUUUUACAAACUACACAACCUCCCCCAGAGCCAGACUUUUAUCAUGAGUGCACUGAAGCUGGAUCUCCCCUCUCAACCCAAGUGAUCAGAACUUUGUGGGGCAGGCACGAGCUGGCUUUAAUGGUAAAGUAUUUAUUCCUGCUCCCCAGCGCACUGGAUCUCUUUAUCUCCCCUCCACAGGGAGCUGCAUGAAGGAGGAGAGGAGAGAGAUGCAUGUGGUGUGGCUCAGGCAGCCUGCCUCCUGGCUGCUGGUCCUGUGGGCUGCUGCUCCCUUCUUGUGGCUGCGCUGCAUCCUGGCUGAUUUCACCUUGGACAAUGAGGUGCACUCGAGUUUCAUCCACAGGAGGCUGCGGAGCCAGGAGCGCCGGGAGAUUCAGCGGGAGAUCCUCUCCAUCCUGGGUUUGCCCCACCGACCCCGGCCCCAUCUGCACGGCAAGCAGAACUCUGCCCCCAUGUUCAUGCUGGAUCUCUACAAUGCUAUGUCGGUGGAGGAGGAGACGGCAGGAGCAGCAGGGGAGGAAGGAGAGGGAUUCUCCUACCCUUACAAGCCCAUCUUCAGCACGCAGGGGCCACCCCUGGCCAGCCUACAGGACAGCAACUUCCUCACUGAGGCAGACAUGGUUAUGAGCUUCGUGAAUCUGGUGGAGCAUGACAGAGAAUUCCAUCAUCAGCGCUAUCACCAUCGGGAGUUCAGGUUUGAUCUCUCCAGAAUCCCAGAGGGGGAAGCAGUGACUGCUGCCGAGUUCAGGAUAUAUAAGGAUUACAUCCAAGAACGGUUUGAUAAUGAAACAUUCCAGAUAAGUGUCUACCAGGUACUGCAGGAGCACCCAGGAAGGGAUUCAGAUUUGUUCCUGCUUGACACUCGAAUAAUCUGGGCUGCAGAGGAAGGUUGGCUGGUGUUUGAUAUUACAGCAACCAGUAAUCACUGGGUGGUAAAUCCACAACACAAUCUCGGCCUGCAGCUAUCAGUUGAGAGUAUAGAUGGACAAAGCAUCAAUCCCAAACUGGCUGGUCUUAUUGGAAGACAUGGCCCACAAAAUAAGCAGCCUUUCACGGUAGCAUUCUUCAAAGCCACAGAAGUGCAUCUCCGCACUAUUCGUUCCACGGGAGGCAAACAAAGGAGCCAGAAUCGAUCGAAAACACCAAAAAACCAGGAAGCCUUUCGGGUGUCCAACAUUGCAGAAAACAGCAGCAGUGAUCAGCGGCAAGCCUGCAAGAAACAUGAACUUUAUGUCAGUUUCAGAGAUCUUGGCUGGCAGGACUGGAUAAUUGCUCCAGAAGGCUAUGCAGCAUAUUACUGUGAAGGAGAAUGUGCCUUCCCAUUGAACUCCUACAUGAAUGCUACAAACCAUGCUAUUGUACAAACACUGGUUCACUUUAUAAACCCAGAGACUGUGCCGAAGCCAUGCUGCGCUCCUACACAACUCAAUGCCAUCUCAGUGCUCUAUUUUGAUGACAGCUCCAAUGUUAUCUUGAAAAAAUACAGGAACAUGGUGGUACGGGCAUGUGGCUGCCAUUAGGUUUAGAGGAAGGGAAAAAAAGUGGCUGUUAAGAGCAUUUUUAUAUGAAUUGCAAAGAGAUGCACGUCUCCUGUAUUGGACUUCCUUAAAAUAAAUAAAUACAAAAACAACUAAUCAGUUUGUAGGGACCAUGCUUCUGAAGGUGCAGAAUCAACAGGAGAUAGUGGAACAAAUUCUGGAUUCCAAGUGGUAUUUGAGUAAAGUUUGUAUUAGCUUAUGAUAGACGUGAGUCUGCAAACUGGUGCUAAGUGAAACAAGCCAGAGGAACCAUUUAAAAAUCAAGCCCAUCCAAAAUAAUUGCUCUUACUUCUGCAAAUGAGCCUUUCAGAAGAUGGCUAACUCACCAGUGUUGAUUGUGAACAUCUUUUUUAAACAAAUCCAUCCAGAGUGAGAAUCUGGUGUGUUUAUGCACAACAUAAUAAACAUUUGUUGUUCCUGUAAUAACUUGUUCACAAUAAAAUGUUCCUAGAAAGAAAGAUAUAUUUUGUUAAAUAAUUACCUCCAACCCUGGGUUUAUCCAACUUCAUAAUCAGGAGAAAAAGACUAAGUAUGAACUUCCAGUAUUAAAUUUUGCACUAGCAAAAAAUAUCUGGAUAGACUCAAAUUAAAAAGGACAAAUAAGUCUAGAAAUCUCUUUUGGAAUUGAAAGAAUUGAAGAAAAUAACUCCAAAGAACAAGGUUAUCUUGAUAUAUAUUUUCUAUGUCAGGGAGAAUAUCUAUUUCAGCUACCAACAAGAAUUUAAAUUUACUAUGUACUAAAACACCUAAGAGCAAAAUUUAAAUAAUAAUAAAAUAAUAAUGAAUAAAGCCCAAACAGUUUUGUAACCCAACUCUCAACUUGGACAUCUCAAACACUUACAAGGUUAUGAAAGGUUUCAGAGGAACAGCCGUGUUAGUCUGUAUUCGCAAAAAGAAAAGGAGUACUUGUGGCACCUUAGAGACUAACCAAGGUUAUGAAAGGCAAGCUCAAAAUCCUGCUCCUAUAGGAAAAAUAUCCAUUGAUUUCAAUGGGUGCAGAUCAGGCCCCUGGAAUUUUACAAGUCUGUAGGCUUGAUCCUGUGAGGAGAUGAAAGCAAAUGGAUGGUGCUGAACGAACACCCAGCACUGUGCAGGAUCAGGUCCUUAAUAUGGAAAAGGAACCAUGACAUUUGUAAUCCUGGUUCCGUGGGUCUGUAUUUUCUGGGUGACUCCUAUCUUACUGUCAGUUUCAUCUGUAGUAAGAAAACUGCUUGGCUCCAUGAAUAAGUAACUACUCUUAAGCCACAGUUGAAAUCCAGACCGGAUGCUUUCCUCCUUUAAAAAGUGGGGGGAGAGAACAAAAACAAAAAAGCUCUAUAUGAAAAUGAGUUGGAGUUUGUUUCUUUGGGCCCAAGUCUAAUUCCAUUGUAGUAGAUCUGAGUUUUACCACUGGAUUUCCAAUAGCAGCAGGAUUAGGCUGUUGAGGAACAGGAGGAGUCCCAUGGGCCUUGGAUCAGGCUCUUGAACACCAGUCAGCAUUACCAAAUGCACCACAUAUCUACAAUGGGAAUUACGAGUCUGUAGGUCUGACUUGGCUCUAACCUUUGUUACACCAGAUUUUAACUGAAAUCUGGAUCUGGCCCAAUAUUUAGUAGGUCAAGCUCCAAAAUGGUGACUGAAAUAUCCUCAGCCUUUUCUGAGAAGUCCUUAGAUGAACUGUCAAAGAGAAAUGGUUGCCCUGCGACUGCCUCCGUGUGUCCAUUGUUUUAAAGGAGAGAUGCAUAAAGUCAUACAAAUCAUAAAUGCCACUCAAUGUUCUAUGUGUAUAAGCCACCAAUGCAACAUAUUCUAGGUGUCUGAAGCUUGUACAGGGAGUUAAGGUGCUACCAAUGAAGUUAACAGUGGAUGGUCCGAGCUGAUUAUUUUUUAGUGUAGUCAAGGUUGAGUUUGUCAUGAGUGCCCAAGAGUACUGGUAUAUUGCAGUUCAGUCCUGACCACCCUCUCUCUGUACUGGAUCCGUAUAUUAUAUAUCCUGUGCGUUUUUUUUUUUUUUUUUAAACAUGACUGCAGGAUCUCUGUUGCUAGGCUAUACAUCAACUCCAUUGUUUUGUACAUUUUAUGUAAAUAAUUGUCACAAAAGUGGGAAAAAAAUUAUUUAUUUCCAUCUCUGAAUUCCUUUUCAAUCACGCAUUCAGGAAAAUGAUUCUCAUCUCUUCUAAACACAUUUGUUUCCUUAUUUAAGAAAAUAUUUAUUAACAGUUCGCAAAAUAUAUGUACACAUUUCUGGUUCUUUUCAUAGAGCAGUUGUUAGAAGCAUUUUGUACAAACUAGUUGAAUAAAUCAUUGUGACUUUACAAAAAGA